AUGAUCGUAUAUAUCUAUCUAUCUAUCUAUCGAUUUAUCUCUGAUCGUAUCUAUCUAACUAUCUAUCUAUCUAUCUCUGAUCUUUCAACACUAUCUAUCUAUCUCUGUUCAUAUCUAUCUCUGUAUCUAUCUAUCUCUGUUCGUAUCUAUCUAUCUAUCUAUCUAUCUGUGUUCAUAUAUAUCUAUUUGUUCAUAUUUAUCUCUGUUCGUAUCUAUCUAUCUAUCUAUCCAUCUACCUAUCUAUCUCUGAUCGUAUCUAUCUAUCUAUCUAUCUAUCUCUGUUCAUAUCUAUCUCUGUCCGUAUUUAUCUAUCUAUCUAUCUCUGAUCGUAUCUAUCUAUCUAUCUAUCUAUCUAUGUUCAUAUAUAUCUAUUUGUUCACAUUUAUCUAUUUAUCUCUGUUCGUAUCUAUCUAUCUAUCUACCUAUCUAUCUCUGAUCGUAUCUAUCUAUCUGUCUAUCUACCUACCUAUCUCUGUUCGUAUCUAUCUAUCUAUCUAUCUCUGUUCAUAUAUACCUAUUUGUUCAUAUCUAUCUCUGAUCGUUUCUAUCUAUCUAUCUAUCUAUCUAUCUAUCUAUCGAUUUAUCUCUGAUCGUAUCAAUCUAUCUAUCUAUCUCUUAUCGUAUCUAUCUAUCUCUGAUCGUAUCUAUCUAUCUUUCUAUCUAUCUAUCUCUGAUCGUAUCUAUCUAUCUAUCUAUCUCUGUUCAUAUCUAUCUAUCUAUCUAUCUCUGUUCAUAUAUAUCUAUUUGUUCAUAUUAACUAUUUAUCUCUGUUCGUAUCUAUCUAUCUAUCUAUCUUUGUUCAUAUCUAUCUAUCUCUGUCCGUAUCUAUCUAUCUAUCUUUGA